UCGCGCCCGCCCCUCUGGCGGCUGGAGGAGGAGGAGCUACUGGUGCCGAGGCUUCCUGGGAGGAAGGAAGGCAGGAAGGCAGCAAAGGGAGGCACUGAGGUGGACUAGCGUUGCGAGGGGACCCGGAGACAAGGGAGGCCAAGCUGCCAGGCCGGAGUGGGCCUCCACCGCCGAAAUGGAGCACCUCCAGCAGCAGCAGCAGCCUCAGCAGCCGGCCAGUCGGUACCAAGUGCUUCAUAAUGAAGAUGAUCCCUCAGAAUCAUCAGUGGUUGAACAACCAUCCACCUCUACGGACAAUGUACCAGCUUCUCAAACUGAGACAUCUUUACCUGAAGCAGAUACUUCACCUCCACCUUAUUGUAGCAUUGCUGCAGAAGCAGCUGCAGCUUCAGAAAUUGAAUCACCUAAUGAGUUUUACCCUGUGCCACCUCCAUACAGUGUAGCUACCUCUCUUCCUACUUACGAUGAAGCAGAGAAGGCCAAAGCUGCAGCAAUGGCAGCUGUUGCCGCAGAAGCAGCAGCCCAAAGACACGGCCAAUUUAGGGAGUCUAGGAGUCUGUUUGAUGAAAUAUUCCUGAGUCCACCCGAGGAAGAAGAGUAUCCCCCAAGGGAUGAUUUCAGCGAUGCAGAUCAACUCCGUGUUGGUAAUGAUGGCAUCUUCAUGUUGGCCUUUUUCAUGGCAUUCAUUUUCAACUGGAUUGGAUUUUGCUUAUCAUUCUGUAUAACUAACACCAUAGCAGGAAGAUAUGGUGCCAUCUGUGGAUUUGGACUGUCCUUGAUCAAGUGGAUACUUAUUGUUCGGUUUUCAGAUUACUUCACUGGGUAUUUCAAUGGACAGUACUGGCUUUGGUGGAUAUUUCUUGUACUUGGUCUCCUCCUGUUUUUCCGAGGUUUUGUUAAUUACCUGAAAGUCAGAAAUAUGUCCGAAAGUAUGGCAGCUGCUCAUAGAACAAGGUUUUUCUUCUUGUACUAGAGACUGCAGUGGCCAGACAUUCCUUUCUCGUACCAAUGUGAACUUCCAGCCAAUCUGUAACCUUCCAAGUGCAUAGGGGAAGACGACUACUAAAAAAAGAAGACAAAUUCAAAGCAGGAUCUAUUUGCCGCUUAGUGUGAAUGACAGGGUGGUGUGUGCUAAAGUGCCAUUUCUGUCCAUUCUAGUAAAUAUUUAUAUUAAGCAAUGCCUUUUGUCGUGCACAUAAACUAUGUGCUAAUCAAUUAACAAGAACUUUUAAAAAGAAUAAAGUUUGUGCAUAUAGUCUGCUAAACCGUUGAAUACA